AUGGCCGGAGUUGGAUCAAAAUGGUGGUGCAGUUCAAUACUGAAAGGGAAAAUUUUGAUUUGUUUGAUUGUUGCAACUUCAGUAUUGGUGGUGGCUGUAGCAGAGCCAAGCUCGAAACAAAAAGGUUUAUCAUAUAAUGGGACUCAGAAGGUCGAGUCUCAUCAUGGAACAAUAAGCCAGUCUAGUUACAAACAUGUUUGGCCUGAUAUGAAAUUUGGUUGGAAAAUUGUUGUGGGUACUAUAAUUGCUUUCUUUGGAGCAGCAUGUGGGAGUGUAGGAGGCGUUGGUGGAGGUAUGAUUACAGGUGCAGCAGCAUCAACUGUUCUAUAUAAUUUAAAAUUGAGGCAUCCUACACUGGAAAUGCCGAUCAUCGACUACGAUCUGGCACUUCUGUUUCAACCAAUGUUGACUCUGGGGGUUAGUAUUGGAGUCACUCUGAAUGUGCUUUUUGCUGACUGGAUGAUCACAAUUUUGCUACUCAUUAUCUUCAUAGAGAACAUUUACUGGAAGAACCUUGGAAUUCUUGUCACUGUCUGGGUGAUCAUUCUUGCAUUGCAGAUUGGCAAGAUCCCGGUGGCAGUUGGUGUAACUUCAUAUGAGGCAUUUAGCCUGUACAAAGGGCGGAGAGAGAUUGCAUCCAAGGGAGAAGCAAGCAACAACUGGCCGGUGCACAAACUUGUUUUUUAUUGUUUCAUUGGUGUUGUGGCGGGCAUAGUCGGAGGCAUGCUUGGACUUGGUGGAGGAUUCAUUUUGGGUCCUCUUUUUUUGGAGAUGGGAAUCCCUCCACAGCUGAAGGGUUUUGCUUCUUUUCAAACAGGUGGAGUUGGCACGGCACGCAUGAUCAAAAAGUUUGAGAGGAAUGAGUACCUGGGUCAAGUACCAGGUCUAGGUCUUGAUUGGGGGGGACCAGAUAUUGAUUAUGGGGGCGACUGA